AGCGCCUCUUUCGGCGAGCUUUCGAACGUCAGUCUGACCUGAAGUGUCGCGCUUUGAGUCGUGCCUCUCAUUCACGGAGCUUUUUCCGGGGGGCCACCGGACCAUAUCGCAGUGCCAAAGGGUGCGGAGCACGUGACAGCCCGCCCCACAUGUAUCAACCUUUGUGCCACACCACUUAGUGUCAAAUUUUUUUACCGGACUUUCAAGAUGGGAGCAAAAGGGAGCGUCGAAGCCGCCAAGAUCAAUGCACAAAACUGGAAUAACCUGGAGCAUAAACACAAACCCGCACACCAGCGGUCUCAGUCUCUGAACCGUGGCGUUCGUGGUCAGUGGGGCUCCCGAGGGCCCGAGUUCGCUCCCGACAUGUGGUGACAGCGGGGCCAGUGCCAGUGCCCAGCGGCGGCGAUGGGCAACAAACUCAGCUGCUCGUGCGCCCCUCUCAUCAGGAAGGCGUAUCGAUACGAGGACUCGCCGUGGCAGACGUCCAGGAGACGCGACGGACACCUCCUCAGAUUAUGGGCGGAGGUGUUCCACGUGUCUGCGAGUGGCGCUGGUACCGUCAAAUGGCAGCAAGUUAGUGAGGAUCUCGUGCCUGUUAACAUCACCUGCAUUCAGGACUCGCCGGAAUGCGUUUUUCACAUCACGGCCUACAACUCGCAGGUCGACAAGAUUCUGGACGUGCGGCUGGUCCAGCCUGGGACCAGGAUAGGGCAAGCGUCGGAGUGCUUCGUGUAUUGGAAGGAUCCCAUGACCAACGACACGUGGGGAUUGAAUUUUACCUCGCCCAUCGAUGCAAAACAGUUCAGAGAAUGUUGUUGUGAUUUGUUACAGUCGCCGUCGUUCAAAUUCUCCCGGAAGGCGUCGUCUUCCUACUCGCUGAAGUUGGAGCCGCCGAACAAACAAAAAUUCAAAACGAAACGAAAGCCUUUGAGCACUCCGGCGUCGCCGAGUCGGGCUCGCGAGCCGCAGUGCACCUGCAUGACAGCUGAGCAAUAUGCAAGACUGAGGGCACAGGACCCACGAUUUCGAGGAUCUUCGACUUUGCCGCGGGCGCAGACCCGCGCCACCGACACGGAGGGAAGAGCCGACAAAGUGACCGCCGCCACAUCUUCCACUAGUCUUUACGAUAACGUUGGUGCUACACAAACUGGUUCAACACAAGGUACUAAAGGGACUCAAAGAGAGGGCAGUCAAACCCGUCAAAUGCGCGACCGAGGGGUGCAGCAGCAGUCGCAGGAGACCAGCACGAUGACAUCCAACACCGCGACAGGACCAAAAACCGUGACCGCUUCGGUGGGAACACAAAACAGCUCGCAAAUCGUACAAACGGAAACCCAGUCUCAAACCCAGACCGAAGCGACGAAGACCGAAGGGACGCAAGCAGGAGGGACGCUCCAGAUGAACACGAAGACCUCGGCGACGUCCACGAGGCCGCCUCUGAGAGAAAACACCCACCACGUGCUCACUAAUACCAAAUCGGUGGAUUACUCGGAGAUUGACAUGAGGGAAAUGGACUUGAGGGCGGCCCAUCAUCACAACCUCCUGAACAAUAAUAUCAGUAAUAGGAGGAGCAAGUCGAAGAGCACGGAAGAUAUGAACAGGGAGAAUAGUAUGAGUUUGGAUAGUAAUACCUUGAAGAGGAUGCUCAAGCCAAUGCCGAGUGCGGAGAGUCCAGUCACGUCGCCGGAAAUGGGCAGAAGGAGGUAUAAUUAUUAUAAUAAUCACCAUCACAGGCAUACCAAUAAUAAUGGGAGGCAUUCGGAACCGGAGUCUGGGCAUCCGCAUCCCAGGUCGGCCAUGGCACAAAAUUCCAGGUUUUCGGGGUCUAGCUUCAAUUACAGAUCAUCUCAUGAGAUCGGUCGGGGAUACCCCGGUCGUGGCUUGUACCUUGAACUUGAAAGAGGUGCUGGGGGUGACUUAUCUCCACCUUCCGACAACGUCCUCUUCGACAACCAAUGCUAUGCCACGACUCCAAGCUCAAGUAACGGAAAUUCGGAUCCGGAACAAGGAGGACAUCAUUAUGGACGCCAGAGACAUAUGCACCACCAGAACGCUAAUAACACGCCGACUCCUGGGUCCCCCACAAGUCGCCUUCUCCUAGAAUACGAAAUGCACCUCCGGAACACUCUAGCCAAAGGAAUGGACGCGGAGAGCUACAGUUUGCACACUUUUGAAGCUCUUCUGACCCAAAGUAUGGAAAAUUUAGAAUUCGCCGAAAGCCUUCCCGGAUCGACCCAACGCAGCCCUUACCCUUCCCGAAAACGACCUUCAUCCAGCGCUUCCAUUAACAAAUCAUCAACUCUACCAUUGUCCCAUCGGCUUGGUACCGGCAGUCGCGACCGCGAACGCGACGGCUACUACAGCGACCGCAACGAACUGCUGCGUGAAAGGGAAAAGGAGCGAGAAAGGGGAUAUUUGAGUGACCACAACUCCAGUUUCAGUUCGAGGUGUGCCUCGUGUAUAGGGGAGUCGAGUCGGGCGCAGUGGUUCCGACAUUCUGAUGGCUGGAGGUCGGGGAGUUCGAAUUUCGGGUCGGGGCAGACGCUGCCGCAAGGGCACAAGAGGUCGCCGUGGGAUUCGUUACCUUCGUUGAGGCAGGAUAGCAGUUUGAAUGAUAGCGGGUAUAAGAGCAAUCGGGCCGACAGCUUUGAGCAACGGGGGAUGUUCGAUCGCCAGGACAGUCUUCGCUCGGAUUACAUGAGUGAUAGAGAGUCUUCCAGAUAUGGAAUCGUUCAGCAGGCUUCCAUCGAGAGCGCCGACUCGAGAUUGUGUUAUCUCACGUCGUCAGAGAUAUCCGACGAUGAUCGCAUGUCGUUAACGACGGCGGUGUCCGAUGAAGAUGACGGCGAAAGCGUUAUGAACUCGCCUUAUAAAGCGAAACAGACGGGAACCGCCGCUGCCUCUUUCAACUGCACCGGAGCCGUCCGGAAAGCCGGAUUUCUCAGUGUGAAGAAAUGGCUGUUGAGGAAGAAGCACCAGAUCGAGUUGGCCCGCAAACGGGGCUGGAAGGGUUACUGGGUGUGUUUGAAGGGCACGACUCUGCUGUUUUAUCCUUGCGACUCACGCGAGGGCCGCUCCGUGGAGGCGGCGCCCAAACACCUCAUCAUCGUCGACGGCGCCAUCAUGCAGCCCAUCCCAGAACACCCCAAGAGAGACUACAUUUUCUGCCUAAGUACGGCGUUCGGUGACGCCUACUUGUUCCAAGCGCCUUGCCAGGUCGAGUUGGAGAACUGGGUGAAUAGUAUUCACAGCGCGUGUGCUGCGGCUUUCGCCCGCCAUCGCGGCAAAACCGGCACUCUGCAUCUGCUACAAGAGGAGAUUUUCCGCUUGGAGAAAGCCAUCGAGACCGACUACAAGCUGAAGCACAUGGCCGAAAUGCAGCAAAGCGUCGUGGGAGACUCCGACACUCGACAACAAAUCGCCAAUCAGGUGGUGCAAUGGGAGGAAAACCUGGAAAGGCUGCAUUGCGAACAAUUUAGGCUCCGGUGCUACAUGGCAAGUCUGCAAAGCGGAGAAUUGCCCAACCCUAAGUCCUUGCUGACACACGUCUCGAGAGCAACGAAGAAUACCUUAAAUAAGUUGGGAGUGUUUACCGUUUCCUCAUUCCAUGCCUUUAUUUGUGCGAGGAGUCCCUCUUUACUCAACAAUCUGCUAGCAGGCCGCGGGGCGACGAAGAGGAGACCGCCGCUUCUGUCCAGGUCCAACAGCGGCUCGAGCAGAAGGUCUUUGCAGAUAAAUUCCCGGGAAGAUAGCGAAAAAACCGUUAAGGUGUCACUGCCAGACGGGAAUUCGGCCACGGUCUACGUGCGCGACUCCAUGUCGGUGGAGGAGUUCCUGGCGAGUGCUUGCGCGAGAAAAAACCUCAGCUCCACGGAACACUUCAUAAGGGUGAAGAAGAGACGGGAUAUGGAAGACCAUAAUUACUUUGUGCCUCACAGGAGCGAUCUGAUCGAGACUUACCUCCACACGCACGAGGUCGUCGAAGUGUGCGCGAAAAUUCUGUACCAAGUGGAGCUCUCCCGAAGCACAUUGGAGCAAAUGUGGGGCUUCAGCGUGGAGGCCGAAUUGGUCGAGAACGCCGACAGACAGGACGAGCUUUGCUGUUAUGUCAGCCGCGUCGAGGACAAAAGCGUCGCCAUGCAAAACGGCAUCAUAAAGGGCGACGAAAUCAUGGUCAUAAACGGCGCCAUAGUGUCCGACUUGGACAUGAUGUAUCUUGAAAGUGUCUUGCAAGAGGAGUUGGCUUUGUGUAUGAUGAUGAGGUCAUCCCGAACCGAACCUCCGGAACUAGUUGGAAUCCUUCGGGCGACUGACGACAUCAUCGAAAGCUUAGUCUGUCCUCCACCUCCCUCAGAACCCCCCGUCAUCAGCGAGGAGAUGAUCUCCGGACUCAUCGUGCCUGCUCCAGGUUGGAGCAAAGACCGCUACUCUACAGAGUCUGAAAAUCCGCCUUCGUCGAUGACUGAUUCCGGGAUAAAGGUGAGUUCGCGUACAAACUCGUUCGAGAUUGAGAAUCUCCUGAAAACUGCUGAGCAAGUGACUGGUUUCUGUCGCUCACCUGUUGAAACUCGCAAAUCGAGUCCUACAGGAAGUUUAGUCAGCAAUACUUCUCAGACCUUGCUAACUCCCUCUCGGCAACUCAGCGACGCCGAGAAGUUGCGAAAAGUCAUCUUGGAGUUGGUAGAUACGGAGCGAGCGUAUGUCAAGCAUCUCAACAAUUUAUUGGAGAACUACUUGGAGCCGCUGAAGAAGGAGACAUUCCUGUCCAAUGCGGAAAUCAACGCUUUGUUCGGGAACAUCCAGGAGAUCGUCACGUUCCAGAGACAGUUCCUGCAGAACCUCGAAGAGGCUCUCGAUCUAGAGCCGGAUUUCCAUAAAUUUGAAUACAGCAGCCAGUUUAAAAAUGUAUUGUUUUCCAUUGGGAGCGCAUUUUUGUAUUAUGUAAAUCAUUUCAAAUUAUACAGCUCGUUCUGUGCUAGCCACAGCAAAGCGCAGAAAGUUUUGCAUCCGAACGAAGGCAAUCAAGCUCUGCAGGAAUUCCUCGCGGCGCGUAAUCCCAAACAGCAACAUUCCUCCACUCUAGAGUCUUAUCUCAUAAAACCGAUUCAGCGGAUCCUCAAGUACCCUCUACUCUUGCAACAGUUGCGGAACUUGACCGACCCCAACACCGACGAACACCAACACUUAGUCGAGGCCCUUAAAGGUAUGGAGAAAGUGGCCGAACACAUCAACGAGAUGCAGCGAAUCCACGAGGAGUACGGGGCGAUUUUCGACCACCUCUUCCGCCAACACCAAAAGAGUUCGAAACAGAGUAUCGAUCUAAGUCCGGGAGAUUUAUUAUAUUAUGGAGGAGUGGAAUGGCUGAACAUAUCGGAUUUCCUGGGAAAAAUCAAGAAAGGGCUUGAACUACACGCAAUGUGCUUCGUGUUUAAAACGGCUGUCGUUUUUCUCUGCAAGGAACGUCUUCGCCAGAAAAAGAAACUAAUGGGCGUUUCCAGUAAGGGUUCCUCAUCCGAAGUUGAAAUUAUUCGCUAUCAAGUGCUCAUUCCUGUAACCGAAGUUCAAGUACGCGCUUCCUCCGCUAAGGAUAUGGAUUCUCAUUUCCUGUGGGAACUGAUUCACUUAAGAAGUCAAUUACAGAGGAGAUCAGAGAAGGUCUACGUUUUGUCUAAUAGCACUGCUGACUUCAGAAACGCCUUCCUCAAAACCAUCAGACAAAUUAUCAGGGAAUCGGUUAGGAAUAUGUCAAUACCAUCGACGAAGCCGGGAGCGGGACCAGGAAUCCUCCUUGUGACAGGACACAAAGGCGAGAAUCUCAAUAGUCAAACACUGGAACGGCCGGCAACGAAAACUGUCAUAGUGCAAGGAUCACACACAUUGGGCAAAACGAAAAAGAAGACAUCACAGAGGCAUUCGGCCGGUAAUAUAGACUACGAUAAUAUCAGCCAGGAAGGGGACGAACCGACGACUACAACCUUCAGGUCCCGGAGUAAGACAGUAGGAGAUGCCGCAGAUCCUCCCAAACGCAGUGACCACGACCGGAACGACCCCGGAGCAAAAUCCGAAGGAGAGGAAGACUCCCAAGGGUGCAAGAAGGCCACUCUCGGUCGAACUCCCAACCAUCUAACUCUCAGCACGACCUCGACUUUGUCUGCCGGCAGUACCGGAAGCCAGGCCCGCUUGAUCCAAUCGUCGCACGCGCCGGAAACCUUCCAACCCAUGCAGACCGAAGAACUAGGGUCGCCUGUGUGGAAGCCAAGAGACAGUAGUUUAGAGGCAACCUCAACCACUCUCCCGCGCAAAGGCAGAGACCACAGUUCGGCUUUAAGCGCCUCGCGUAAGUCCCUCGUCGAGACCACAACCGGGCUAGAGAUACACAAUGCGUAUAGCCACCAGUAGAAAAAAUAUUUAUAUCACCUGUUUGUAUGAUGGGGGCUGAGCCCCGCCACUGUGCUGUUCAUGCAAACGGACACACGAAUCGAAUUGUUAAACGCUGUACAAGUUAUUUAAAUAAUUGUUAAAUAUUUGUGACUUUACCGACUGAGAAGUUUUUUUCGCCCCCUCACUCACUCCCGAGGUAUUGGUUGGGAUUUUGUUCGAUAAAUAUAUUCCAAGUUGUUGUACCAAGACUCAGUAUUACAGGGGAAAAUCAUUCGAUAUACUUUUAGAACGUUUAUGCAUAUUUGCAAGAUCUUUAUAGAAAUAAUUUUAUUGCAUAGGUUCGUUGUUUGAUGAGAAAAUCUAUCAAAAUGUGCUCGCCGAGAACCCGGCUUCUUCGCGGGCACACCAAUUUAUAAUUUUAGAUCUCAAAAACAUAUUCCUAUUAAUACUAAUAUUACGAUUUGUUGAAAGAACUUUAAGAUUUUAUUUACUAAUUUAAAGAGUUUUUAAAUAAAAAACCUUAAUAUGUAAUUUAAUGCAAUCAAGUGAAUCAGUAGAGAGGGACUAGAACAUUGUCACAUUAUUAUUGAAUAUAUAAAAAUCUAGAAAUAGUUGAUCCGUACGUAGGUUUAAUGAACAAAUAGCUAUGUAUUUUUAAAAAAUACAUAUUAGUUUAAUAAUUUAAUAUUAACUUAUGUAAUAGACGCGUCUGACGGCGGAUUCUUUCCCAGAAACAAUCCGCCGCCGGCCCUAGAAAUAUUUACAAUAAAUUAACCGAUCACAUUGUCAAAUUCUGCUGUCAACAAAUGUUUAAUCGCACAAGACAACCAAAAACAAUAUUAUUUUCCAAACUUGGUGCCCGUUUAAUUUCGGUUUCCCACCACCAAGUUGCUCAAAUGUAAUCCUAGUCGUAUGUUAUUACUUUUGUAUUAAUUUUUAUUGUGUAAGUGUUCCAUCGCGACUCAGUUCCACCCUCACCCCCGUUUUUUUACUAGUGAGACAAUUAGUACAAGCGAGCGGUGAAGUUUGUCAAAAAAAACGCGUCAGUGUUUUUCUGAAAAGUGCCAAAAUCAAAAGAAACGAAUUUAAAUCAUAAACGUAUACUUAGCUAAUUUCAAAUUGACAAACUGUACUGUUCCUCCGGUCGGCAUUUUUUCAUUUUCACUAGACGAUAAGGAUUUCCUGUAUGUCUGUAUGUAUGUAAAAUCAACAUAAAUGUGCGUAUGUAUGGACGAAAAGGAAAAUUUCAAAUAUAUAACAAAAACUAAA